GACGAAACAGUUCAAAUCGGAAGAGAAAAAGAAAGAACCAUUUCUUUUCUUCCCCAAAUUGUCUUUCAGCUUCAAUUUAGAGGGACAAGAGGUUUCUAUGGCAGAAGAUGCAGAAUUACAGGACGUUACUGCAGAAGCCUUUCCAGUCAUCCUAAAUGAUGUAUUUUUGGGUAUGGAAUCAAUGGAGAGUUAUCCUCUUUGCUUAGAACAUUUAUUCGAUGAUGCUAAUGUUGGUGCAAGAUUGUCCAAUUCAUCCUCUUCUUCGCCUGCGCCGCCUCAGUCGGCCAAAAGAGCCCGAAUCGAAACACCAUUGUCCCGGAUUCCUGUUUGCUUAGUCCAUGGCUGUGACAAAGAUUUGAGUUCAUUGAAGGAGUACAACAGGAAGCACAGAGUAUGCGAUAUUCAUUCGAAGAUUUCUGUGGUUAUCGUCAAUGGCGUUAAGCAGAGGUUCUGCCAGCAAUGCAGCAGGUUUCACAAACUAGCCGAAUUCGAUGGAGGCAAGCGCAGCUGUCGCAAGCGUCUUGCAGACCACAACGAGCGCAGAAGAAAGCCUCGAUUAAGUCCUCUGUUAUUCGACACAGAUGACUUAAGAUGGCGAUGUAAUGAUCGAAGUAGUUUCAAGACAGGGACUCAACGAUCAGCAGCUGAAUUUUCCGGCUCAAUCUCCGGCAGUGCUCUCUCUCUUCUGUCAUCUCAUUCACAGAGCUCAAUAAGCCUUUCAGAAAUGGACAAUGGCCGAACCUGUCUCAAUUUCGGACCUCUGCAGAAAGAACUCAUGGAAGAAUCAAGUCAUCCAAAAACUGUCGACUUGCUUCAACUGUCAUUACAUCUUCAAAGAGUCGUGGAACAGCAGAAAUACCUUGGGCCGGAAGAAGAUGAAUCUGUCAAAUAGGUCUAAUGGCUUAAGUUAAUAAUCCAUGUAUGUCUAAUUUGUUGUAUUUAUGACAUUAUUCUUUCCUUGUAAUAGAACAACCAAGAAAUGGCCUACACAUUAUAUAGAUAAUAAAAAUAGCAGAUGAUGUUCAUUGAUUAAU